AUGAGAAGAAUUCGAGCACAUGCCAUUGUCAAGCACCUGGAGUCCUAUAUUUCUACUUUUGAAAGUAAAGGAAAAGAAGCAGCUUUGAAUGUUCAUGUUAAGAGUUUUAGGCGCGAGUAUUCCUUUCUGUUGGUAUUUGUUAGCUUCUUCUGGGUAAUUACAGUGUUAAUGAAUAAAAUACGAGGUUUCCACUCUUUUUUGAAGUUAGAAAUGAGUCCACAGCAGGAAAAACUAAAUUACGUGUCUCAUACUGUGUCAAUGAAACUUCAAGUAUUUGCUUUCAUCAAAGCAUUAUUUUUAGUAUCUCAAGUGAUGAGAGUUCCAAAUUGA